AUGUGCAUCGCCGCGAAGUGCGUAGUCAAGAGUUUGUGCGUAAUACUCGUGGAGCUGGGGGAAAAUUCGACGAAAGACGCCUACACCCACAUGAGGACGUCGAGACAACAGGCAAGGGAGAAGCAGCUCACCAGCAACCAGCCGGAUGACAGGCGCCAACAGUUGGGCAAGCUCAGCUUCGCAACCGAAUUCUCGUACCUCAAGAUCCUCGGACAUGUCUACGUGGUCGAGGAUGCGGAAGACUUGGCCCUGAUUGUUCGCGAUGUGACGCGCUACGGGGGUGCACACAAACCGGCGUUGACAACGGGCGGACUGAGAAGUGACGAGAAGGCGGUCGAUAAAACCAUGUACAACCUCGGUUUCAAACGUGCACGAUUGUGUUCCGGGCCCGGGGCCGGCGAGCAGUGCACACAGCUGAACGCCUAUACCCCUGGUAAGAUGCUAGUAGGCGACGCAAUGAUUUGCUACGUACUAUCGCCUGCGAGCGACGAUGGUACCGGUGUUGAGAGACAGACCCAGAGGAGACAAAGUUGGUUCUUCAAGAUCUUUAAGAGAGAUGUCAGUACUGUAUCGGGCCGGGAUCUCGGCCGGACGUGGUACUCGGUCAGUCGACUGCCGUAG